CUCACCUCCACCCACAGCCAGAAUGCAUGGAAGGUGAUGAACAAUAGUAGUCGCAAACACAAUUGAGUGCAAGUGUAUGUAUGUUUUGUAGGGAAGAGUAUGCAGGUGGGUGGAGUUAGCCUGCUAACUCACAGAGAGAUUACAGAGAGAGAGAGGGAGGGAGGGAGGAGGGCUGGCAGACAGGUGGAGAACUGAACCUGCUGAUAGAGCUCACAGCAAGAAGAGAGAAGCGCACAUUUAGACACUGGCCUCUGAAAGUUGAAGUCAGCAUGGAUUUCUCUGGUCAGGAUACGUGUGAGGCGUGGUCUGGAAGCCCUCCUGAUGCACCGGAGCUGCGUCUGGUCCUGGUGGGCAACAUUGGCUGUGGUAAAACCCUAACAGCGGACAAUCUCCUGGGCCAGAGCUCCUCCUCAUCGGUGGGCCAGAGCUCCUCCAGAUUGUGUGAGGUGCGGCGGGGUGUGUCUGAGGGCCGCCGGUUGACAGUGGUGGAGACACCCCGCUGGUACUGGAGCGGUCAGCACCUUGAGUCCAGCGUCCAGAGAGAGACGGAAAGGGCGCUCAGCCUAACCGCUCCUGGUCCCCACGCUUUCCUCAUCCUGGUGCCUGUGGGUGAGUUUACGGAGAUGGAGCAGCGGGUUCCUACCCAGCUGGAGCGGAUGUUCGGGACGGGGGCACUUAGCCACUCCCUGGUGCUCCUGACCUGCGGAGAUUACCUGCUGGGCCGGGAUGUGGAACGGUACAUGAUGAAAGAGGAACCACACCUGAAGGCCAUGGUGGACAGCUGCGGAGGACACUGGCACAUUAUUAAUAACCGCCGACCCCAGGACAGACAACAGGUCAUCUCUCUGCUGGAGAAGGUGGAGCAGCUGGCACAAAGUAACAGGGGCUGCUACCUGCAGAGCGCCCUCCAGAGGGAGGUGGAGGCACGCGUCCGGGAAAAGGAGCGCGAGCUCCAGAGGAGAUACAGCCUCAGAGAGGAGGAGAGAGUGGAGAUACACAGUGCACUGGAACAGAUACCACAGAAAGGUGGGAUUGGGGUAUUAAGGAGCCAAAGCAGAGAAGAGCUUAAGGAGAAAGUGACCUCCCAGCAGCUGCCCAAUGGACUUCAUUCACAGCCAUCACCAGGGCAGCAGGAGAUGGCCGCUGGACGCAUGCAGAGGAGCUCCAGUUUCAAGCUGACUAAAGAGGGAGCCAUUCUCAGUCAGAUGUCAGAGAAGACAGAGACCAGCAUCAAUCAGAGCAACCAGAGCUUCAUAAACACCAUUCAUCAUCGCAUUGCAUCCUUGGGUGACCCCAGCUCCACUCCACUCACAGUCUCAUCGUCAUCCUCAGCUGUUGUAACUUCUUCUUCCUCAUCGGGCAGUAACUCCUCUGCCUCAGAGCUGAGGCUGGUCCUGUUGGGCCAGACUGGUUCUGGGAAGAGCGCUGCUGGGAACGCCAUCCUGGGCCGAGAGGAGUUUAAACUGAGUAGGAAUGUCUCCGGUGCCACAACACAGCAGUUUGCACGAGGAACAGCUGUAGUUGGACACAAACAGGUGGCAGUGGUGGACACUCCGGACUGGUUCUGGUCCGGCUGUUCUCCAGGAGAGCUGAAGGCCCAUCAGUUGUCCUACACAGCGCUGUGCAGCCCAGGCCCACACGCCUUCCUGCUAUGCGUGCCUGUUACUUAUCCCGCUCACUCCAUCCUGCAUGGCCUGGCUGCUAUAGAGGACGUCUUUGGCCCUGAGGCCCUCCUAAAACGUACCCUGGUCCUUUUCACUUACUCUGACCUUCUAGGAGGAGGAGGGGUGGAGGAAUAUAUCGCAAAGAAGCGGCCCGAGAUGCUGGAGCUGGUGGAAAAGUGUGGCGAUCGCUACCAUGUACUACAGCGAGGGAAGAAAGGAGGAAAAGAACGAGGGAACGUGGAGGAGCUGCUGGAGAAGGUGGAGCAGCUGGUGAAGGAAACUGGAGGGAGUUGCUACAGCAUCCAGCAGCAGCCUGAACACAUGAAGAAGCAGGAGGACAUCACCAGAGAGAGAACGACACUAUUAGGGAGAGAAAAACAGCUGGACGAGACAGACCGAGUCAUCUCAACCACGCUUCAUGUUCUGAAAGAGGAAGACGAAGAUGAAGAAGAGGCGAAUAAAAGUGUGAAACCGCAGGAACCUGUGACUUCGUCUUCCUCUCGGCUUGGCUCCAUCCUUCGCUUUGUGGGAGGGAAGGUUGGAGCAGGUGCCAAGCGUGUACCGAAGCUGGUGGCUGGUGGAGCGCUGCUAGGAGGAGCAGUGGGACUGUUUUUUGGAGGACCUCUGGGGGGCGCUGUGGGCGCUACAGCAGGAUCUGUAGCUGCUGAGGUGGGAAGAAGAAAAUAUGGCAAAAGCAAAACAGACUGAAGCGCGGUGUUCCAAAUCUCGGUGUUCCCUCCUCGCUCUUCCUAAGUUGGAAAACCGUUGUAUAAAACACUGUUACAAAGAACAGAACUGAACUGAAACUAGUUUCCUAGCAUGCUGGCAAAAAUCCUGUACCAACAUAAUGAGAUUUUGUGCUCAAUAUUUGUUAAAAUGUGCAAAUUUAAAGUGUAGUUUUCCUUUCAAAACCUCUUUAUUUCCUGUGGCGAACCAUGACUAUCACUGUCAAAUGAGCCAUCAAAGAAAAACACCUUUUCGACAAUGCUAAUAUCUGCUAGAGCUCUAUGGGAUUUCUAGUAGCUAAUGCUAGUGCAUGUGAAUAUCUUUUGGCCAUUCAAGAUUGGAAACAUGGACAUUUGGAGCUUGUAAAAGUCAUUGCAGUUUUUAUUGAACCUUGUAACAGUAACCGUUUCUGCUAAUGCUAAUAGCAUGUUAGCACUAAGCUAAUGCUGAUGCAAAUAAAUAUUUUUGGCUGUUUAGGAUUAAACACAGAUAUUUAAAUCUUGUACAAGUUUGUUUUAUAUGGCAACAGUUAUAAACAUCUAUUUUACCUUGUAUCUUGAGUCACAGUCUAAACAGGUUUCAGGUGGUUGUUAGGAAUGGAAAACAGCAGCAGCUCUAUGCCGCGGGUCUUUACUGAAAGAGUCACUGUAAAACUGAUAUGUAGUUUGAUAUUAGGUCUGCACUACAUGGCACAGGUGAUUGAGAUUCCCAAAGGAGAUAUCUUUAUUAAGUCUUGGACUAGGCUUAAUCUUUGGCCAAGGAAACCAGCUUGAUAAGGUCUACAUACAUGGUCUAACUAGGUUUUAAUUUUCUUAAACAUAUGUUAAAUGCAUGUAGCCUUUUAUUUUGGAAAAUGAACUAAGACAAACAUUACAGAGAAAAAAAAAAUACAGACUAGACUGUGAUUUUGUUGAAAAUGUUGCUAAAUGUUGUUGCUCACAGUGCUAAUGAUAGUUUUUCACUAAACUAAGUUACAAAGAAAUAAAGAAAUUAAGAAAAAGGAAGUAAAUUGGACUGUGAGUGGAAAAGAGUGAUGUUUUGUCUAACACUCUGCUUAACCACCAAUGAGCUGCCUGGAAAAAGCUGAGCGAAAAGCCAUUGGGUCACCAGCUUUGCCGUCAGUGGGCCAACAGUGGCCCGCCACCCUCUUGCUAUCUGGGGUAUUUUCAAAUGCAUGUAGAUAAAUGUGACUGA